AUCUUGUGGUUGUGGCGACACAAAAAUAAAAAUUGAAUAAUCACAGUUUUAUGCCCAACAGAAAAGAAAAACAGACAAUAAUAAUCUUUUUUAAAUGAAAAAUUAGAAAUUAAUUCCUAGAUGAUAUAUUUUGUUAUAAUUUAUUUGUGGUGUACAAGAAAAUAAUUAAAUAAUUUGAAUUGCCCAAACUAACUUGACGUUUCAAUGCCUCCAUAACAAUUAGCGAAUGCGAUUAAUGUGAUGUUCUUAUUUAAAGAAUAAAAGUAUCUUAAAUUGUAUAAUACUCGAUAAUUAUAUGUUAAAAUGUUUUGCAUUAUCGUAAUCUCCAGCAGUUGAUGUUGAUCUUUUCAAUUCAUUUGUAUCGUACGGAGUGUUACAAAAAAUUAAAAAAAUGAGUGACGCAGAUUUAGCCUACAGUUCUUCUUUUACUGUAGAUUCUAUGAAAGUUAUUGCUGAGAGUGUAGGUAUUGGUAGUCUUGGAGAUGAUGCUGCAAAGGAACUAGCCGACGACGUAACAUAUCGUCUUAAAGUCAUUGUUCAAGAUGCUAUGAAAUUUAUGCAUCAUUCUAAGCGGCAAAAGCUUUCCAUUACUGAUAUUGACCAUGCUUUAAAAGUUAAAAAUAUAGAGGCGCAAUAUGGGUUUAUUCAACCUGACUCAUUGCCAUUUAGAUUUGCAUCGGGUGGUGGUCGAGAGUUGCAUUUUAUUGAGGAGAAAGAAAUUGAUUUAUCAGAGAUUCUGUCUGCACCUCCACCAAAAAUUCCCCUUGAUGUUUCUCUAAGAGCUCAUUGGUUGAGUGUAGAUGGAGUUCAGCCUACGGUUCCAGAAAAUCCUCCUCCAUUAUCAAAAGAGUCUCAAAAACUUGAAUCAGUGGAUCCUAUUACUAAAUUAAGUAAACCUGCUACUAAGGAUGCAGUAGGUAAACCAGUGUGCGGUAAAGCAGCUCGAUUAAAAGCUUCUGAGUCUGUUCAUGUCAAACAAUUGGCUACUCAUGAGCUAAGUGUGGAGCAACAGUUGUACUAUAAAGAGAUCACUGAAGCUUGUGUCGGAAGUGAUGAAGGACGCCGUGCGGAAGCUCUUCAGUCACUUGCGUGUGAUCCGGGACUUCAUGAGAUGUUACCCAGGAUGUGCACAUUUAUAUCUGAGGGUGUGAAAGUUAAUGUAGUCCAAAACAAUUUAGCACUUCUUAUCUAUUUAAUGAGGAUGGUGAAAGCUAUUCUUGAUAAUCAGUCUUUAUAUCUUGAAAAAUAUCUCCAUGAGAUGAUCCCGUCUGUAUCAACAUGUAUAGUGUCAAGGCAAUUGUGUGUACGACCAGAGGUUGACAACCAUUGGGCACUGCGAGACUUUGCAGCUCGUCUCAUGGCCCAAAUAUGCAAGACAUUUAAUACAUCGACUAAUAAUCUACAAACACGAGUCACAAGGUUAUUUGCAAAAGCUUUGCAGUGUCCGUCUCAGACAAACAAUGAAAGUGGACCCUCUAUGGUCGCUUCUAUGAAGGAGUCUGAGAAAACACCUCUCGCGUCUCUGUAUGGUGCCGUACAGGGUCUAGCGGAGCUCGGACCCGAAGUUGUCAAGGUGUUUAUCUUGCCGCGCGUGCGCUGGCUGGGCGAGCGCGUGGAGGGCGCGCUCAGCGGCAUCGGCGGCGCGGACCGCCUGGCGGCCGGCAACCUCAAGCACCAGCUGCUCAAGGUGCUGGCGCCCGUCGUGCGCCAGCUGCGGCAGCCGCCCGACCUGCCCGACGACUACAAACGCGAGUACGGGUACCUGGGCCCGAGCCUGCAGCAGAUGGUGAGCAAGCAGCGCACGUCGCCGGCGGGCGGCAGCGGCGGCGGCGCGGUGGCGGUGGUGGCGUGCACGCCGCCGCUGCUGCCCGCGCCCGCGCCCGCCGCCGCGCCCGCCGCGCACGCCAAGGCCGUCGAAUCGGUGGCGUCUCGUAACGUGGUCAUAACCGCGUCGCCCACGCCGCAGUCGCCGGCGCCCUCGACGCCGCCUCCGCAGAAAUUCGUUAUAGUGGCUUCGCAACAGAAACCUCAGCAGACUCAGCCUGCGAGUGGAGCAGGUCAUAUCGUCGUGCAUACUUCUCAACCCACCAUUGUUCGCAGUCAAAAUGUACAGUCGAUGGUGGUGACAAGUGGUCCAGCGGGCGCGCAGCAACCGCAGAAGAUGGUGGUGGUGGGCGUGCAUCCCUCGCACCAGGGACUACAGGCCUCGUCCUCCGUCACCGGGGUCAGCCAGGCCCCGGUGUCGGUGCUCGCGAAGUCCGUGUUCGCGCGCAGCGGGUCGGGCCCGCAGCCGCAGCCGCCGCCGGAGCUCGACGACCUGUCCCACCUCGCCUGACAGCCCCGCACCAUCAGCUUCGUCAUCAAGGAGUUCCGCAAGACGAGCCCCUGACCGCGCCUGCUGCUGCUGUGCCGCCCGCCCGACGACUCGCAACAUUCCGAAGAAGACCCACAGCCAUAGUGCUUAUA